AGUGGCCGGCGGCGUUCGGCUGUUUUCGGGUGAGAGCUGCCUGGAGACCAAGCUGUCGGUUGUCGAUAUGGACACACACUCAGAGACACGGACACACACCCGGUGAGAGAUGGAGGAUUGUGGAAAAAACACCGCUGUGAGAUCCGCUGCCACUUUGGGCAACAGUUUGUGCUAAGUGUCGUAGUUCGAUCCGUCUGUAGGUACAGUAAGGCAGGAGUCUGUGUCGUGGAGUCAUGGGAGCGUUACAGUCCUUACCCGCUCAACCUGAAUACAUUGAUCUGGCGCAGAAGACUGGAUUUUCUUUUGAACAGAUCGCAAUCCUGCAUAAAAGAUUCAAACAGCUGAGCCGCGAUGAGGAAACCCUCCGGAGAGAGAACUUCAGUCAAAUCCCAGAUCUGGCCUGUAAUCCCAUCAGGACCCAGAUUAUCGAGGCGUUCUUUGACAAAAGAAAUUAUCACCAGAACGACGUGGGGAUGGUGGAGGAGAUCGGCUUCAAGGAGUUCCUGGUGGUCAUGUCCCACUUCAGGCCGCCGUCUCACCGCAUGACGGAGGAGCAGCGCGAGAACGUCAGGACGGAGAAGCUGAGAUUUUUGUUCAACAUGCACGACACGGACAACGACGGCACAAUAACCCUGGAGGAAUACAGACACGUGGUGGAGGAGCUGCUGUCUCGCAGCGGAGCUCUGGGGAAGGAAACGGCCAAGGGCAUCGCUGACGCGGCCAUGUUGGAGGUGGCCAGUAUUUCAGUUGGCCACAUGGAACCUGAUGAAUUCUAUGAAGGAAUUACAUUCGAACACUUCCUCAAGCUGCUGAAGGGCUUUGAAAUUGAGUCGCGGAUGAACAUUCGCUUUCUGAACAUGGACACAUCGACCCUGUGUAAGUGAGUUCUGUUCCACUCUGGAGUCACUUUAAUCCCUGACUUUCACUGACUUUGUGUCCGACUGUCUUAUCUACGCACCUAAAAAAAAAAAAAGGUUUUGUUUGAAGUUAUUGAAUUCUAAGCGAUGAUAAAUAUAUAUGCACAAAUGCAAAUGUGUUUCAAAUAUAUAUAUAUAUAUAUAUAACUGCAGCAAUAAUCAAUAAUGUAUGUCUGGAGUCACGUCCACGUGUGAUGCAAUACAAUCAAUACAUGAUUCACGUUUGGUCUGAUAUUAAAAAACGCACAUGAUGCCAUUUGCACAUUAAAGGAGUGAAACAA